CACGUCCGCCCGUCUUCUUACAUGUUAUCUACCUAUCCGAUCCGGUCUGUCAGUCCCAGUCCCCGCUUUUUUGCUUCAUCUAUCUCAAGCAGAAAUUUUGGCGGGAAAUCCCAUCUUAAGAGAAAAAAAAAACAAACUUUGAUUUUAUUAUAUAUAUAUAUAUAUAUGUGUGUGUGUGUGUGUGUGUGUGUGUGUGUGUAUUUCUAUUCGGUAUGGGAGUAGAUAAAACAGCUAGAUUGUAAUUAUACGAUUUUAUCUUUUGUUUUAUUAAUAAAAUAGGAACAAUGAUUGAAUCGAGAAUAGGAACCAUUAUUUUUCAGAAGACUAUCUAUCAAAAGCUGUGUCAAAAAAUUAUAUAUAUUGUUUUUUAUGUUUAACAUUUCUUUGUAUCAGCAUUAUUCAUAUUGCUUCAUUAUCUCAAGCUUUUAAAAGACUUUAUCGAGGAAUUUUUAUCAAAACACUAUUAGUAAUUAGGUUUGUGAUUAUAACUAAUAAAUAAAAGGGGUGAGAAGAUUAGCGAUCUGACUCGCAACUCAAAGAAGCACAUUAAGGAAUUACAAGCUCUAUCACAAACUUUAAUAAUUGGCCAACUUUUUUUGCAAAAUUCUUUGGAAUUAGUUGCAAAAUCAUUGAUAUUAUCAUUUUAUGCUAGUAAAGAAAUAUUGAUAAUUAUUGGAGCUCUUAUUACUUGUGAUCCAGGAAAAGAUGAUAUGAAACAAUAUGAAUUAUGAAAUUGGAUGGAUAUUAGGUGUAGCAUAAUAGAAUUGACAGCUGAAUUAUAUAUUUGUAAAUGAAUGGCAAACAUUACUGGUUGAGAAAAUGGUGUUGCUCUCGACAAUAAGUAUUACAAAGACUAGUUAAAUGCGCAUAUAGGUCAUCCAUCUGUUGUAAUGUGAUUAGAUGCAGCACUUGUGAAAAUAGGCUUUUCUCAUCAUGCCUUACACUUUAAUACAUCGGAUACGACUAUGAUACCAUGUAUGUCGUGCAGAAAACUCUGAUGAAUUGGUGAAACUUAUAAGGUAAAACUUAUAUCUAACUUAUAACUUAUACUGGCUAUCUUUAUCUUCAGUGCUUUAGUAAGCAUUGCGAACUCCCUGUUGAAUGUAGAACUUGCGGUAUUAUUUUAUUAUCUACUCUACAUUUAACACAAUCAUAUCAUUACUUAUUUUUUGUUAAACCUUUUAAAGAAGUCGCAUUUGAAGGUAAUCAUUUUUUGUUAUGCUUUAAUUGCCAAAAAAAUUUUUGCAUCAUAGGAGAAAAAGGUAUCUUUUCUCUCAUAUGUUGCAUCGCAGAAUUGUAUAAUUUUCAUAAUAACUAGAUAAUUUUAUUAAAAUAAAAAAUUUAUAAUGUGCAUACAGGUAUAAUGAAGAUUUCAUUCGAAGAUCGCAAAAAGUGAGAUAAAAGAACUUUAAUACAUAUAUUGAAGUUUGAAAAGAAAUAUCUAUACAUAAUUAAAAAAAUAAAAAUUUUACAGUUUUGAAUUAUUCGAAAGAAAAAUUAAUUUAUAAUUAUUUAAAUAUUUCAAAUAUCUAGAGUAAGAAUCAUGUGUGUGUUGUAUGUAUUUUUAUUUUUAGGUUUACAUAUGUGAAAAAUGUAAUCAAACAUUUUGUUUAGACUGAGAUAUUUAUUUAUGAAAUUUUACACACAUAUCCUGACUGCGUGACAAAUACUACAACAUAUAAUAAAUGUACAGACAAAUCUUAAAAAACAUUUGUUUAGUUAUAAAUUGUAGCAAUUUAUCAAGCAUUGCUACACAAAAAGAGUGAUAAAAAUAAUACUACAGAAUAAUUAUAAUCCAUUUAAUAGAACUAGAAUAAUGCUGGAACUUGUAAGGCAAUAAAUAAAAAUGGAAAUAUAUUAUUCCAGUUUAACGAGAGAAUAAUCACGGAUCGGUCGAAAACUCCGUCAUUGGGUAAAUUUGUACGUGACUGGGACAACAAAUGUUACUUGCCGGCAGCAGCGAACAUCGAACAUUCUACUUUAAUAUGAGGUGGGGGGAACAUUGAAACUUAUUACUCUAUACUCAGACAGAGGUGGAAAGUGAGUAUCGACAGUAUCGUGAAAUUACAGUACGUAUUAAUUUGAGAUCGUUCGUCAAGACGCGAUCGUUGCUCAUAAUCGUUGGCGCAUCCGUCAUUCAUUCUUAUCGUUGAUCAAUAGUUUAAUCGUGUACAAAAUAUAUUUCGUCUCUCAAUUUGCGCCGAUAUUUCUAUUUUAUCUUCGGAAUGAGCUCGAUUACAUUUUUAAAAGGUAUAUAUGCGUGAAUGAGAAGUUACACAUAAUUGACAUAUGUCAUAUUUUGAAAAUAAUUUGAAUAAAAUCGGAUAUUUCCACGCACAUCUACAACAAUUGAAUUAUAUAGUCAAGUAUUUAUUGAAAAGGAUCAAUUACGAAUAAAAAGUCUUCCUUUUUUUGUCAGACAACAUUUGAACAGGAAUCAAGUUGGAACGAUGAAUCGGUUGUGGAAAACGUUGUCGCGAAAGCGCGUCGAAGAAGAGAACGAAGAAGUGAAAAGUGAACAAUUGGCACGGGUUCUUGGUCUAUUUGACUUGACCGCACUCGGCGUAGGAGCGACUCUCGGUUUAGGCGUUUACGUUCUUGCCGGAAGCGUGGCCAAAGAUACUGCUGGACCUGCCGUUUGUCUCUCUUUCCUCAUAGCUGCUAUCGCGUCUGCUUUCGCAGGUAUGUGCUACGCGGAAUUUGCAUCGAGAGUGCCGAAAGCCGGUUCAGCGUACGUUUAUAGUUAUGUAACGGUAGGAGAGUUUAUCGCCUUCGUAAUAGGAUGGAAUUUAAUUCUAGAAUAUGUAAUUGGUACAGCGAGCGUCGCACGCGGGCUUAGUAAUUAUAUCGAUGCAUUGAUAGGAAAUGUUAUGGGUAAAACUCUGCGUUCCCUUAUGCCCAUAGAUAUCUCCUUUUUGUCAGAGUAUCCUGAUUUCUUCGCCUUUGCAAUGGUCAUGCUACUAGUAGUACUAUUAUGUAUAGGAGUAAGGGAGUCAUCGAUCUUAAAUAACAUAUUUACUAUUAUAAAUUUAACAACGAUCACAAUCGUUAUUGUCGCAGGAUCGAUAAAAGCGGAUUCAUCAAAUUGGUCCAUUGCAUCCGAGGAUAUUCCAAAUUCCGUGAAAAAUGGCGGAACAGGUGGAUUUAUGCCAUUCGGUAUCAACGGAGUGAUGAUCGGAGCGGCCAAAUGUUUUUACGGAUUCGUUGGUUUCGAUGCAGUCGCUACCACUGGCGAAGAGGCAAAGAAUCCUCAGCGUCACAUUCCUCUAGCGAUCGUACUAUCCCUGAUUAUUAUAUUCGUAGCGUAUUUUGGUAUCUCCAUAGUCCUUACGAUGAUGCUGCCUUAUUAUGCUCAGAAUGCGGACGCUCCGUUUCCACAUGCGUUUGAUGAGAUAGGAUGGCCUGUUAUUAAAUGGAUCGUUAACAUAGGCGCGGUAUUCGCGCUAUGUACUAGCCUCUUGGGUGCCAUGUUUCCCUUACCGCGUGUAUUAUAUGCCAUGGCUAAUGAUGGGAUAAUAUUCAAAACUCUCUCCAAAGUGCAUUCUAAAACUAUGACACCUGUACACGGCACAGUACUCUCUGGUUUACUUAGCGGUCUUAUGACACUUGUCUUCAAUUUACAGCAAUUGAUUGACAUGAUGUCCAUCGGGACUUUACUCGCGUAUACAAUAGUAGCGAUAUGCGUUUUGAUAUUAAGAUAUCAAAAAGAUGUAAACUCUAGCAAUACCCCUGCUAUAUCACUAAAGAAUGAUUAUCAAUUUACAUCUAUAAAUAUAUUUAAGGAAUUAUUUAAUUUGCAUAAUCAGAAGGAACCAACAGAACUUUCUAACACGAUCGCAAAUAUUGGUAUCGCCUUACUUUGUAUCAUUAUAUGCAUCAUCACGUUUCUGAUUAGUAAUAUGAGCGCACACCUGCUCGCAGGAAAUGUGGUAAUAUCUGUGAUACUAGCUGUAUUCGUGAUUGUUCUUUUUUUGAAUUUAGCCGCGAUUGGUAGACAACCGAUACAAAAGACUGAAUUGUCUUUCAAGGUACCUCUCGUUCCACUUAUUCCCUGUCUCAGUAUUUUUAUAAACAUGUAUUUAAUGUUUCAACUAGACGUCUUUACAUGGAUUAGAUUUGCUACUUGGUUGUUAAUUGGUUUUUGCAUCUAUGGUUUUUACGGAAUUAAUCAUAGUGAGCAAGGAAAAAGAGAUAAGGCAGAAAGCAAGAAAUUACAACAAACGUACGUGGAAAAGUUUAGAAUAGUGACAUCAUUUUGAUUAUCAAGUUUGUAUGUUUACAUAAACACACAUACAUAUUCAUCUUAACCAUUCAAAAGCACAAUAAUAGUAAUUAAAAAUAAUUUUGUAUGAUUAAUUGACACACACAAAAUGUCAUGUAUAUUUUUAUAAUUGAAAAAUAUUUUCAAUGAUAAAUUUUAUAAUGUAUUAUUUAUACAACACACGCGUACAGACGCGCGCGCGCAUAUACGUUAUUUCUAUAUUGUAAUAUAACAAGUUCAUAAAAUUUAUUUAUUUAUAAAAUUCUUUUAUUUUAGCUAUUGUUUUUCAAUUACUUUCUCUACUAAACUUGUAAUUGUUUAUGAAUAUCAUUUUUUUUUUAACAUUUUAAUUAUAUUAGGUACACAUUUAAAUAAAAUAUAGAGACUGAGACUUUUAUAGAAUAACGAUCUUAGUCUACAUUUCAAUUGAACUUAAUAUAUAUUUAUCAUUCGAUGUUUUUCUAUCUCUGUAUAGAUAUUUCUAAAAAAAGUCUGUAUUUUGUUAGUAUUUUCAUAAAAAUAACGAAAUAAUAUAAUAUUUUAUAUAUUUUUAUAAUACAAUCAUAAAAUUUUAUGUACACACACACACACACACACAUAUAUAUAUAUGCGCGUGUGUGUGUGUGUAAUUAACAAUAGUAUUACUGUAAUAAUAGCAGUAUUACAUAAUAAAAGAGCACAUUUCAUAUUAUGUGAUAUAAAAUGGAAAUAUCUUGUGCUCUUUAUAUUGGCAAAGUAGAAUAGAAAUGGGUUAAUACAGAAUGAUAUUGAAUCAAUAUAUUGACUCAAUGUUGAAUUAAUAUUGACAAUAUAAUUAGAAUAAUCAAUACAAUAUAGGUAUUUAUUAGUUAAUGACUCUUUCUUAAAUAAAGUUUUAUGUUACAAUAACGUGUUACAAUUUAAUCUCUUUUUCAUUGCAACAUAUUAAAUAUUAAUUAUAUGUAGCAUAAAAUAAAAUUGAUGACUCAUCAUAAGAAGACUGUAACACCGAGUACAUUGUUUAAUAUAAAUAGUCAUAAACCUACAUGAAUUUUUAAAGCAUAAACAUUAACGAAGAGCUUUUAGAUAUUAUUCGAAUUUGUCAGAGUCAAUGGAACAUCCAUAUCACGAAAUAAUAUUUUUAAUUUUACUAUACUCGUGUAUAUAUAUAUAUAUAUAUAUAUAUAUAUAUAUAUAUAUAUAUAUAUAUAUAUAUAUACACUCACGCAUACGCGCGCGCGCACACAUAAAUUUAUAUUUCUAAAAUAUUAUUUUAUAUUAGAAUAUAAAAGUACUAUUUCAAUAAUGAUAUCGCUAUCGAUAUAAUUUUGAUAAUUUAGACUCUUGAUCACAUCUUAAUAAGAGAAAAUUUUUGUCUGAUUGAUCAGGAAAGACAUUACUAACAAUUCUUUUUGCUAAACAUGUCUAAAUUUUAUCAAUGUAAAUAAAAAAAAGUGUUUUUCUUUUACCGAGAUUCGUAAAUGUGACCAAAAUAGCAAUAUUUUUUACACCUUUAACUUUAUAAAAUUUCAAAAUCCUGACGCGAUAUAUUAAUUGAUGAGACAAAUUUAUUUUUGACAUGUAAAGGUUUGUAAGAAUUACAUGAUCUAAUUUAAAAUAAAAUUGAUUAUUAAUAUAUUUAUUUAUUAAUUUUUAGAAGAAUUUAAUAGUAAUUUCGAAAAGUAAAUUGUUUGUUGAAUUUGUUACCAAAAAAAUGUAUCAGUUAUUUUUUCCAUUAAGAUAAAAUUUAUAACACUGUUACUAUUACAGUUGUCCAAAAACGGUAACUGUAAUAUUACAAAUAUCAUCAUAAUCACUUACCAACCCUCUGUGUGCGUAUGUAUCAUAUAUUAUUUUAGCCAUCUCAGCUUCAUUAAAAUAUCUAUCGUAUUCAGGCAAAAAUUUCUGUGAUCAAGUGUCAAGUACAUAAUGCAUAAUUUAUCUUACAGAUAUAAUUACUGUUUAAAAGUUGACAUACACAUAUAUCCAUAUAAUAUACAUGUAUACACACAUAUUGUAUUUUACAAGGCAAUUACAAAAUUGUCAUGUUUUAUAUUAUUACAGCAUAUUGUAAAAUAUCGCAUAGUACAGAUAUCACUUUGUUUUAUUUAUAAGCCCUCCGAGACUUAUAUUUUGCCAGUUUGCCUGUUGGAAAUAAAUUGAAAUUUUAUUUCUUAA